UGCCACGCUCAGAGCCGGCCGGACCCCCGGGACCCCCCACGCCGCCUGUGCCUCUCGGUCUGUGUGCCCCCACCCCAAAAUAAAUCCCCUCCGCCAUGGUGGACGCCUUCGUGGGCACCUGGAAGCUGGUGGACUCGGCCAAUUUCGAUGAGUACAUGAAGGCGUUGGCGCUUCCAACGCUGCCUCCCCCAGGCGUGGGCUUCGCCACGCGGCAGGUGGCAGCGUUCACCAAGCCCACCACCAUCAUCCAGCUGGACGGCGACAAGAUCACCAUCAAGACCCAAAGCACCUUCAAGAACACCGAGAUCAGCUUCAAGCUGGGCGAGGAGUUUGACGAGACCACGGCGGACGACAGACACGUCAAGUCCCUGGUCAAGCUGGAGGGAGGCAAACUCACCCACGUGCAGAAGUGGGACGGGAAGGAGACAUCGCUGGUGCGGGAGCUGAAGGAUGGGAAACUGAUUCUGACCCUCACCUUGGGCAACGUGGUCUCCACCCGCACCUACGAGAAGGCGACAUAGAGGCUGUGCCCAGCUCCCCUCCUGUCACCCGGUGCCACCCUCACCCCCUGCAUCGCCUCCGUCCUUGCCCCACGCUGGGCAUGCUUCCUCUUGGCCUCUGAGCCUGCCAGGGCCAUCUGCUGCCCCCCUGGCCCCGUCACCUGGAGGGGCUGCCUGGGGCUGGGGCGGAGCUCUCAUGGUUUGGGUCGGGGUUAUGUUUUUUUUAUUACGAAUGGGAAAAUCCACGUGGAAGAGCAAUAAAGGCCAUGUU